AUGGAACGCCCGACCCCCAACGACAACUUGGAAAACACUCAGUGGUCCAACUCAGGGUUGGGCAGCUGGAGAACCGACGUUCUCAGACAAUCUGAAUCUUUCUUCAUGGCCCCAUCCCCCGAACCCUUUGCCACCCCGAGAAGCAUACCAGCUGUCGGAGACCCCUCAUACAACUAUCAAUUACAGUUUCCAGCGAUGCCAGUUGCCCGAACUUUUGUUUCGCCUCCUACCUUGGUUCCUUCGGUAUACCUGAACCCAAACACCUUUCCUAAGCCCAUCGACCAAAGUAACCCAGAGCCUGUGCCGGUUCAUAGCAACACUACAGCUUUGGCUCUAGAGAAUCCCUAUCACGGUGGCUAUCCAAGUCCUUGGACUGAUUUUACUCCAUCCCCUUCCGCGCAAAAAAUUCCGGACCCUCACGAGGAGACGGACAACAGGUCUACUGCAGCAUACCUAUGCCCAAACACCAUCACCAGACCCAUCAAUAAGAGGAGCCUAAGCUCCGCAUCGAUCCCUUCCAAUAGCACCGCUAUUUCCCCCGCAAGCCCCUACGAUCCUGGCUAUCCAAGUCCCUGGACCGACGUCACUUCGUCGCCUUCCUCAUCAAACCGAGCGGAUCCUCUGGAAGAGGUUAGCAAGAAGCCUGCCAAGACUAAGAGGCCCUGCCUUACUCGUGGGGUAUCCAAACAGAAGUAA